AAAGGAGGCAAGAUAGACAUUUAUGACUUUCAUUUAAUUUUGUUUCAACAGAAUUCACAACAAGUCCAAACUGACAAUUCUUAUCAUCUGCCCCAUUUUGUCAGAAAGGAAAUAAAAUAAGCUCAGAUUCAAGCCUUCGAGUCUGACAAUGAACUUGGAGUAAAUUUAAGACAAACUGAGGUGACAGGAGGAGAAGCAGGAAAUGUCUCUGAGCAACAACCAACGUGUACGCAGGAUCUCCAUGCAGUGCUGAGGGAGAUGAGCGGCGUGUUGGCUGGACUGAAGGUUGAGAUGAGAUACUUGCAGCGUGAUAAUACAGAACAAGCUAAAAAGAGCAGAGAAUUGGAGCAGCAGUACCAAGCACAAUCAGCUAAGGUGAAUCAACUGGAGUCACAAAAGACGGAGCUGAAGCAACAGUACCAAGAACAAGCAGCAAGGCUGAGAGAACUGGAGUCACAAAAGAUGGAGCUGAAGCAACAGUACCAAGAACAGGCAGCUGAACUGCUCACCAUUAAAGCCAGAGCAAACACAACAGAAAACCAUGUGAACACUCUGACAAGAGAAGGAGAAGUGAAACGAGUGGCUUUCUCAGCAUCUUUGGUCGUUUCUGGCUAUGAAACUAUUGGACCAUUUAACGCACACACCAACCUGAUCUUCAGAAACGUUGUUACAAAUGUUGGAAAUGCCUAUAACCCAAACACAGGCUUUUUCAUAGCCCCAGUGAGAGCAGCCUACCACUUUGAGUUCUACAUUUAUGGAGAUGGACAUCCUUCACAUCCUACUGCUGCUGCGCUUGUCAAGAAUGGAGAACAUGUUGUUAUUGCCUAUGAACAUCAGACUUCAGGGUCUGUUAAUCCUGCUAAUGGUGUCACUUUGUUAUUAGAGGUUGGAGAUGUUGUGUUUUUGCGUCAGUGGGCAAACUCAAGGAUUUACGACAAUUCUAAUCACCAUACUACCUUUAGUGGCCAGCUUCUUUUCACAUUGUGAGAGUUCUUCAGUUCACUGAUACUCAUGCAGUUUAUUAUCAGAAUGUAUUUUUGUAUUUCAGUUUUCUAAUUGAUGUAAACACAAUCUUCCUAUUAAAGUUUUAUCUUCAGCUGCAUCUGUUUCUGGAUUUGCAUGAAUGUGGUAACUACAGGGACCUAGUUCAAGCAGACGUACCAGCUUUAUGCUCACUCAUACCCCGGUGGAUGGUUUAUUCCAGUUACUCCAUCUGCUUAUAGGACUUGCUUCUGCUUUUAAAUCUCUACCGCCUCCCCAGCUCUUCCUGUAGGCUAUAAUUCUAGGAAAGGAGCAUCAUUUUAAUCACCCCCAAUAUAUGUAUGUCUUCCUUAAAAUAGGGGAUUUAUUUAGAUCGGAUUCUCUAAGCCAAAAUGUUUUAGCAGUAGGAAAACUGUUGAGCUCUUCAUCACAUGACUUGUCUGAUUGAACUAUACACUGUAACGGGGUGUGAAGGAUUUUAUUUUAUUUUUUAAUGAAAGCUGAACGUGAUUGAUCACAUGUUUGUUCUUUUCAAUGAAUUGUGGUGGUGUAUAAAGAUAAA